AUGACAGCACGCUCAUUGUGUUCGGGAGGACAGGUGUGGUGUGUGUUCGAGAGCAUCCCUCACCGCGUCUCACAGGAACGGGAUUCUGUAGCGAAGACAAGAAUGCAGUCGGGCAGCAUUCGAAACAUGACGCCAUCCACACGAAACCAGCCGGAUGAUGAUCUGCAGUUCCUCAGUCUGGAGGAGCGGGAGUGUAUUUUGUUCUUUGAGGAGACCAUCGGCUCCCUGGAGGAGGACGAGAGGCUUGCGGUGGAGCGUCCGGCCUCAUACGCUACACCUCGACAUCCCAGCCCUGUAGAUCAUGACAUCAUUGACCUGGUGCACCCUACACCCGAUCGCGGCAAACAGAGGGACACGCUGCCCGUCAUGCCAGAUUUCCAAGAGCUGAUUAUACCCCCAGAAACCCAUUUUGAACGUGACCUGGACGUCCCAGACGGGCCGCAAGAGGAAUCUGGACACCAGCCGCCUCCAGGUUCAGUUCGCCCCCCAGUUGUAAUCGCCAGCAAUAUCGCCGAGCACCAGGGCGCCAGCGGCACGUCUGCAUCACAGCACAGACUCAGUCUAGAGUCGCCGACGAACCCCUCGACCAAACACGGCCCUUCGACCCACGCCAAACCCGCGCGUCUUCCCGACAGCAUCGGCAUGUUGCAGAGCAGCCGCGAACACAUUCCCCACUCGAUCGCCGCCGAGGCCGUCAGCUUUCAGGAGCGCCGGGCGCAGAUGCUCGCUAACCUCUCCGGCCCGGCGCACCCUUUGGAUGGCGGAGAACCGGCCUGCGUGCGCAACCUUCCCAUGCGGAGCAUUUCGUUCCGAGACCCGACACCAGACAAGUCUAGGAUGGAGGCGCUUUCGAAGCUCGGGCUCGCUCAGAGGAGAGCGCAAUCCGUCAUGCAUUCGUCUCCGAGGGAUUCGGGAGCCGUCAAGACCGGCACCACGUUCAACUUCACCAAUCCAGCUAACGCUAGCGGCGACGUCCGCACGACAGACACUACAGACCACUGCCAAACCAAAUCCAGCCCUGCACCAACUUUCACGAGUGCUGAAGUCACACACAGUGAUUUUAACAGCUACGGCGGAUCCAAUAGGAUGGAGGUGCUUUCGAAAGUCGGGCUCGCUCAGAGGAGAGCGCAAUCCGUCAUGCAUUCAUCUCCGAGGGAUUCGGGGAAUGUCAAGACCGGCACCACGUUCAACUUCACCAAUCCUGCUAACGCUAGCGGCGACGUCCGCACAACAGACACUACAGACCACUGCCAAACCAAAUCCAGCCCUGCAGCGACGUUGACGAGUGCCGAAGUCACACACAGUGAUUUUAACAGCUACGGCGGUAAGAGCAUCACAUUAAACCCGACAACAUCCUUCAGGAGCGAGUGCCUCUCAUCUUCAGUGCCCAAAACAGAGCCUUCAGAGAUUCACAUCAACAACUUCGGCGGCAGAUCGCGAGUCAUGACCCCGUCCCAGCCAAACCAUCGCCCCCAAACCAAGACCAUCGCCCCAGUGAAAGAGGAGAACUCCAGCUCCAACAGGACUUCAAAUGAAGACCCACCCAAGAGGAAAGCGUCGCACUCCGAAGCGCCCGUGAAGCAGCCGCCCGCUCCGGCUCCAAAACCGUCACGCAGCCAAAGUUUGCUGAGUCCCACCGGGUCGCGCCCCGCUCCGCUGUCCCCGGAGUUACGCCGCAAAUCUCUGCCGAAGUCGUCCUUCCGCACUCAGGGAGUAACGGUGCAGUUUUCUGGCAGAGGAGCCACAGACGAGGCCAGACGUGAUGCACUACGCAAACUAGGACUUCUGAGAAACACGUCUUAAAUGUGACCACAAAACCAGUCAUGAGGGUCAGUUUUUUUAAAUUGAGGUUUAUGCAUCAUCUGAAAGCUGAAUAAAUAGCUUUGCAUUGAUGUCUGGUUUGUGAGGAGGACAAUAUUUGAAAAUCUGG